CGCGACACAGAGCGCUCAUUCAUAGACGGGCAGCGAGCGAGGGGGCAGGGGAGUGAGCGCGAGCGUCACUUUGGAAACUCGGGGACACGCGGACUCUCUCGUGCUAAGCGGGCGACCUCCUCCGUCACUCCACUGAAGACCUUACUGUAUAGAGGACAACCCCAGGACAAAACGGAGAGAGUGGAAGCAGAAGUAGAGAGGGUUGUUUGGCGCAAAGCGGUGUGAAGCAACAGGUAAACUGGGGUCCAAGGUACGCACUGAGCGUAUGAUACCAACAACACGGAUGGAAAGAACUUUGAUGUUCAACCCUAAUAGAGUUUUGGAACGGAGGCUAAGAGUAGAGACUGACUGGCAGUUUAUAUUAUAAAGAAAACCUCGGGACCAGAGAGACCUGAGAGAUAGUGAGCAAUUAACCUAGUAUACACCCAAGAUCCAGGCCUGUCUAACAGUAUCCUUUACUCUAGGAAUAAAAGAGCAAUUUUAAGUCUUACAAAGGAAUAGGCCUAGGGCAAGGUAGAGUAUAGAGGAACUACCUGUAGGUUUCCACCCUUUAGGCACCUGGGGGUCAUUAUUUCGGUUAGAGGAAAAGAUGUCGAGUGAGGAGCAGAGUUUUUCAGAUGUAGAGCUGAGUCCAGGGGUCUCGGACGACAGCCGCUCCCUUUCGCCAGGUCACUCCUCCGGUCCCACCGGUGGGGGGGGCUCCCCUCUCCCCAGUCAGCAGUCCCAGCUAACAGGACUGGGCAACAAGACAUCAGGGGCAUCCGGGAGGUCCUCUGCGAAAUCGGACGACGAGGACGAGCGUUUCCCCAUUGGUAUCCGUGAGGCGGUGAGCCAGGUGCUGAACGGCUACGACUGGACCCUCGUGCCGAUGCCCGUGCGUGUGAACAGCGGAAACAAGAGCAAGCCACACGUGAAGAGGCCCAUGAACGCAUUCAUGGUGUGGGCACAGGCGGCAAGGAGAAAACUGGCUGAUCAGUAUCCCCACCUGCAUAACGCCGAGCUCAGCAAAACCCUGGGCAAGCUCUGGAGGCUCCUGAAUGAGAAUGACAAACGGCCAUUCAUUGAGGAGGCGGAGAGACUGAGGAAGCAGCACAAGAAGGACUACCCAGAGUACAAAUACCAGCCGCGGCGCCGCAAGAACGGCAAGCCCGGAUCCGGGUCAGGAAGUGAGGCCGACGGCCAUUCGGAGGGUGAGGUCAGCCACAGCCAAUCCCACUACAAGGGCCUCCACCUGGAAGUGGCCCACAGUGGGGGAGCCGGGUCCCCUCUGGCCGAUGGGCACCACCCUCAUGCUGCAGGACAGGGCCACAGUCCUCCUACACCUCCCACCACGCCCAAGACGGAGCUCCAGUCUGGGAAGGCAGGGGAGGGAAAGAGGGAUGGGGUCACCAGCGGGGGGAGCCGUGGCGGGAUGGGGGUAGGGGCAGAGGGAGGCACAGGCCCUGCAGGAUCUGGCAAACCUCACAUUGACUUUGGCAAUAUGGACAUCGGCGAGAUUAGCCAUGAAGUGAUGGCGAACAUGGAGCCAUUUGAUGUCAAUGAAUUCGACCAGUACCUACCACCCAAUGGGCACCCGGGGGCUGGGGGGCAGAGUGCCGGGGUGGGAGCAGCUGGCUCCUCGGCUUCCCCGUAUGCCUACGGCAUCUCCUCGGCUCUGGCAGCAGCAAGUGGACAUUCGGCAGCCUGGCUGUCCAAACAGCAGCCCCCGCAGCAGCAGCCACCACAUCAUGGCUCCCCACUCAGCCCUGAACCCUCCAAGGCCCAGAUCAAGAGCGAGGCUGGAGGUCCUGGGGGCCAUUUCUCUGAGGCGGCAUCACCCGGGUCCCAUGUCACCUACACCCCUCUCAGCCUCCCUCACUACAGCUCGGCCUUCCCCUCACUGGCAUCCAGGGCUCAGUUCGCUGAGUACGCUGACCACCAGGCCUCAGGGUCCUACUAUGCUCACACCAGCCAGGCCUCUGGGCUGUACUCAGCCUUUUCCUACAUGGGGCCCUCCCAGAGACCCCUGUACACCGCCAUCACCGACCCAGCCAGCGUGCCCCAAUCACACAGCCCAACGCACUGGGAACAGCCGGUCUACACCACACUGUCGCGGCCAUGACAGACACCGAGGCCAGAGGGCAGGAGUGCAGGUUCAGCUCCCAUGGCAGACCGACAGUGUAGCAGCAGUGGCGGCAGCGGCGGCGGCGGCACUGAUGACGAUAGCGUUGGUGGUGAAUGUGGUCUGGGCUGGGGGGCGUGGGCAGGCACUGAGAGAGUCAGUUGGGGAGACAGGUGGGAAGAGAUCCCGUUCUGGUCUGGCCCAAUUGCAGAAAGGCUACCAGGGCCCAGGGAUGAGCUUGGGGCCUGGAGCUUUUGGAACACGGUUGAGUAUUUGGGGUAACACAGCGUAGUAGUCAGAGAGCGUAUUACUUCAAGAUCAAAAACCUGCAGGUUUGGAUUCUCGCUAUGGAGGAUCUGACUUAGAGAGAGCCAAGCUCAUCCAGUCUGAAACAAAAAAGGUUUUGCGGUAUUGGAGGAAAUGAGUGCCAAAUUGGUUGGCUUAAGCCCAUUCACAUCUCAGGCAAGUUUAACCCGGUGUAAAGCAGAUGUUAGUUUUGUAUUGAUCGUUUUAGUAAUCAAUGUAACGAUAUUUGAAAGCAGUUAUUUGUGGUUUCAGAGGCACAUUUGUUUUGGGGUUGUUUUUUUUUUUGGAUCAAUACAGAGCAUCGUACGGUGUUCACUCACAAAUUGUAUUUUUUACACACACGAUGAGGGCUCAUGGAACAAACACGCCAUCAAACCUUGAUGAGGUUAAGAAGUAUUCAUUUUGUCAGAAAAAAAAGAAACAUUUUCAUGAUAAAAUUGUAAUAUCAGGACAUCUUUACUGAAUAUGCUUGAAAUUCGAUAUGUAUAUUCAUGACUGAGGUGUAGAAGAGAUGUGUUAUCUGUAAAUUGACCAAAGUUUUGAGACCAAAACUUCUACAAAGUGAAGAAACGGAUGUUAUCGGCGUUUCUCCCAACGUGACACUCGACACUACCUUGGUUGCAAACUAGUUUCCUCUUAGCUGACGACUUUUGUCCAAUGUGACUUAGGAUACCUUACUAAAGAUUAAUUGUAUUGGUAUUAUCCUGAAGUUAAUAUAUUGGGUAUUUCCUAAUAAUGGCACUGACUGGUGUUGUGAUUUUGCAGAAGUAUUUUAUGUAUUCAUGAAGGACAUUCAUGAUGAUGGACAAUUGUACCUAUACUGUACAGAUAAUCUGCUUCUUUUUGACCAAAACUAUGGUCUCUCUGUUUUCCUUAGUAUGCAUAAUACAAAGAUGCCCCCCACCCCACCCCCCCAUAUAUCUGAACUGUAUCGCGAUUAUUCUCACACGCUUCUGCUAUAAGUAUCUCCACUGAAAGUCUGCACCACUGUCCUUCUUCCCUCUUCGCUUUGUGUGACACGCAAAAAUGUGUACAUAGCACAGUAUUUAAUGUGAAAUGACGGAUUUGUUUGCUGAUUGUAAUUGUGUAACUCUUCGUUACCGUUUUAGGACAAUUUCUCUGCUUUAGAUGCCGUUAUAUGCGGGCGGUUUGCAGGGGCCGAGAGAUUAAACAAUGCAUGCAUGUGGGAGCUAAAAAGUACAAAAGUGGUCUUGCAGUUAAAUCUAAGCGUGCCUUUGCCCAUAACAAUAAUAAUAAUAAUAAUAAUAAAAAAAUGGCUGCUUCUCAAAAGUGAAACGCAACAUCAGCAAUCUGUACAUCAUGUUGACAAGGUGGCUUCGUCAAAGAUGGAAAAUUUGUUUGAUGACCAUAUAGUACGUUGCUAUCAGAGGCCUCUAUGUUAUCACUGUUGUUGAUGUGAUCGAUCUGACGUAUGGUCGCGAAGGAUGGGAGGUGACGCUGAAUGGAUCGACAUGUUGGGAAAUCCCUGUAACGCUUCUUAAUUUUUCACCACCCAAGUGACUCUUCAUUUCUUGGACAACAUGCCUGUUUUCAGGUAGGACACUAUCCCAACAUGGAAGAAUAUUCCACUUUAUUCUUAUAUAUAUAUAUAUAUCUACAUAUCUAUAUAUCUAUAUAUAAUAUUCUCCUAAUGCCAUUUGACACAGAUUCGUACCAUAUGCUUUUGGUCUGCCUUUGGCACAGCUUGUGAUAUUUUCGAACCCAUUAAAGCUUAUAGUUUGCUUCGUUUUAAGCCAUUAACCUCCAACAGUAGACGUAGAGCAGUGCUCAUUUUAUAUUUUGCCUAACUGCUUUUUGUGUGAAAUACCUAUCGUUGCUAUGAAUACUACAUAUAUUAUUUAUAUUCGCUGCUGUUUCUGUAUGCUGUUAAGUCUCUUUGGUCCUAUAUGAAAAAAAAAAGCCAUUUCACAGUUUUGUAUUUUUCACCCUUAUAUAACUGUUACUAGCACAGCACAGCAAAACAACUUGCAAUUAAUAGCCUGAGUGAAAGCUUAGACAUGUGAUGAUGACUAAUGACCUUCUCCUCUCACACUAAAUAAAGCUGUAUUCUCUUUGCUUUCGCACAAGUCUGUCCCUGGAGACAGUCUUUGAAACCAUAAAAAGAGCACAACGAA